UGCCCCAUCAUUGGUGUCAGUGGGGGGAGGAAUAGUGCCCCAUUGUUGGUGUCAGUGGGGGGAGGAAUAGUGCCCCAUUGUUGGUGUCAGUGGGGGGAGGAAUAGUGCCCCAUCGUUGGUGUCAGUGGGGGGGAAAUAG